CCCAUUGGCUUGUCCGCCAUAUUGUCGGCGAAGGAGGUACGGGACGGAGCGGCGGCGGAGAUGGAAACCAUGGCGAGCCCAGCAAAAGAGAACAACUACAGAAUGAAAAGUUACAAAAACAAAGCUUUGAACCCAGAGGAGAUGCGCCGGAGGAGAGAAGAGGAGGGGAUCCAGCUACGCAAACAGAAACGGGAGCAGCAGCUCUUUAAAAGGAGGAAUGUGGAGCUAAUUAAUGAAGAUGCUUCUAUGUUUGACAGUCCCCUGGUAGAUUCCUCGGUCAGCUCUACAAUUGGUAGUGAGGGUGUGAUCACAAUGGAGAUGGUGAAAAUGUUGUUCUCUGAAGAUCCUGAUCUUCAGUUAGUAACUACCCAGCGAUUCAGGAAGCUUCUUUCAAAAGAGCCCAAUCCUCCAAUUGAUGAGGUGAUAAGUACUCAGGGAGUUGUGGACAGGUUUGUUGAGUUCCUCAAGAGAAGUGAAAACAGCACGCUACAGUUUGAAGCUGCGUGGGCAUUAACCAACAUCGCCUCAGGUAACUCCCUACAAACUAAGAUAGUGAUUGAGGCGGGGGCAGUCCCGAUCUUCAUCGAAUUGCUGAGUGCUGAUUUUGAAGAUGUCCAAGAACAGGCUGUCUGGGCAUUGGGGAACAUCGCUGGAGACAGCUCUGCCUGCCGUGACUAUGUCCUAAAUUGUGGCAUCCUUCCUCCUCUAUUGUUGCUCCUCACAAAAUCUACUAGGUUGACGAUGACACGAAAUGCGGUCUGGGCUUUGUCGAAUCUCUGCAGAGGGAAGUACCCACCCCCAGAGUUUGAGAAGGUGUCGUCCUGUUUGCCAGUUUUGUCUCGCCUGCUCUUCAGCAGUGACUCAGACUUGCUGGCAGAUGCCUGCUGGGCACUUUCCUAUCUGUCGGAUGGACCCAAUGAGAAAAUCCAGGCGGUCAUAGAUUCAGGAGUGUGCCGGCGACUGGUGGAAUUGCUAAUGCACAGCGACUACAAAGUGGCUUCCCCAGCUUUGAGAGCAGUUGGCAACAUUGUGACGGGGGAUGAUAUCCAAACCCAGGUGAUCCUAAAUUGCUCAGCUUUGCCUUGUCUCCUUCAUCUGCUUAGCAGCCCCAAAGAGUCCAUCCGGAAAGAAGCUUGCUGGACUAUCUCCAAUGUGACAGCAGGGAACAGAGCUCAGAUACAGGCGGUCAUAGACGCAAACAUCUUUCCAGUAUUAAUUGAGAUCCUGCAGAAGGCGGAAUUCCGCACCAGGAAAGAAGCCGCCUGGGCCAUCACAAACGCCACAUCAGGAGGAACGCCGGAGCAGAUUAAAUACUUAGUAAACCUGGGCUGCAUUAAACCCCUGUGUGAUCUGUUGACCGUCAUGGACUCCAAGAUAGUUCAGGUGGCCCUGAAUGGCCUGGAGAACAUCUUGCGGCUGGGAGAGCAGGAGGCCAAGCAGAGCGGCACCGGCAUCAACCCCUACUGCAGCCUCAUUGAGGAAGCUUAUGGCCUGGAUAAAAUAGAGUUCCUCCAGAGCCAUGAAAACCAAGAGAUCUACCAGAAGGCCUUCGACCUGUACGAGCACUAUUUUGGCAUUGAGGACGAUGACUCUGCUCUGGCCCCCCAGGUGGACGAAGCUCAGCAGCAGUUCAUUUUCCAGCAGCCCGAGGCCCCCAUGGAUGGCUUCCAGCUAUAACCAGGGUGUGCGGAGUCGAGGGGAAGAAGACCCUCUCUUUGAGGGAAAGUCAACUGCCUAGAACCUUCCCACCCCAACCCUGUUUCCUUCUCUGCCACGCGGAAGGCGGCCCUGCCUGCGCCACCCGUUGCCAAACAGCUUUCUCCUUCGCAACACACAGCAGCAGCAGCUGACACUUUUCUGGAGAGGAGAUGACACUUAACGCACUAUUUUCCUUCCCCGUUUUUUUGUGCUGCACGAGUGUGUCAAAAAAAGCAGGUGCUGAAGUGGAUGGAGGAGGGGGGUGCAAAUGCCUUUUAGUUUGUGGGUUUCCUCCAGUUUUUUCUUUUCUUUUUGUGGUGUAUUACUUUUUUCUCCUCGGAUGAGAUUUUUUUUUCACUUGGGUACUUGAGAGGUGACUUUUUCCCCCACUGGGAGAAGGCAAGGUAAUCUGAAUUGUAACCAAGGAAUCUUAAUCUGGAUGCUUGGAUUCAGCUAUUUAAAAUAAUUUGCACAUGUUAAUUUUUAUUAAGAGACUUUUCCUGAUUUGCCAAAUGCACCACUUGGCCCACCCAGGGUCUCUUUUUUUGGGGGGGGGGGGGAGGAAAAUCCUCUUGCCAAACAGCACCUUUUGAGGGAAUUGGGCCAAGUUGCUGCUGUUUUUGUCCCUCUCCUCUAUUUACAUAUAUCUGAAAGAAAGAAAGAAAGAAAAACUCUGCCCUAGGAUGCAGGCUGAAUUGGACUGUCCCAUCAGGCUUUGGGAAGGCUUCCCCUGCCAGGUGGGGAGAGGAUUUUCAGAAGCAAUUUAAAGAUCCAGAAGAGCAGCAGCUCCUGGCGCUCCAGUCUUAAGGGGAAGGCGCAAACACACA